AUGAAUUUAUACAUAUUUUUAAAGAAUAAUCAUAAAUUAAACUUAGUUAAAUUUCCUUUUAUAGAAGACAUUCGUUUUAGUAAAAUAAUAAAGUAUGAGGAGGAAUCAAAAAGAAUCAGUCAACUUAUAAAGAGACAUUUAAACGAAAUCUUAUUAUUUUAUAAGAAAUUUGAUAAACAGGAUGUUGUGUUUUCUUUUGAAAUUUUAGAUGGUUACUUUGAAGGAAAACCUUUACUUUAUUUGGAAACAAAAUUGAAUCAGUUGAUAUCUAAUUUUCACUCUUAUAAAACCAAUAUUGAAGAUUUAAAAUCAAAACCCGUUUUUAAUGAAACCAAAUACAAAUUCAUUAAGUUUGUAUAUUUUUUGGUUAAAAAAGAAAAUUUAAAAUUUUUUAAUAAGCAUUCUAAAAAUAUCAUUGAUGCUUCUACUAUUGAAAGUUAUAAAAUUGUUGAUGGUGGUGAAGUGUUUAGAAUGGUUGUAAAUAAGAAUGAUGAUGGUUUACUAUUGGAUAUUUUAAAAGAAAAAUUUGAUAUAAUGAAAGUUGAUGAAUUUUAUGGCCAAAUUCCAAAUUAUACUUUUGAAUUAAAAAGUUUGAUAAAAGAACUUCAAGUUUUAUACUUACAUGCUAAAUUUUAUGAAGGUUAUAUUGAAGCAGUGCAUACUUAUGGACUACCGGUUGAUUAUUUUUAUUUAGUAAGUAAAGAUUUAAAGAAAAAAUAUAAAACAGAUGAUGUGAUUUCAAUUAAUUUUGAAUAA